ACUACAAGUCCCACAAUGCCAUUCGGCAGACGCACUUCCCCUUCCGGCUCAACAGCGCCAGUUGCUGCCGACGUGUUCUUCCGGUGCGGAGCGGCGGACUACCCUGUGGUCGGCAAAAUGGAACUCGAGGCCAUGAGCAGAUACACCAGCCCGGUCAACCCAGCUGUCUUCCCUCACCUGACCGUGGUGCUAUUGGCCAUUGGCAUGUUCUUCACUGCAUGGUUCUUCGUUUACGAGGUCACCUCCACCAAGUACACUCGGGAUAUCUACAAAGAGCUCCUCAUCUCCCUGGUGGCCUCGCUCUUCAUGGGCUUUGGCGUCCUCUUCCUGCUUCUUUGGGUCGGCAUCUAUGUCUGAGCUCCCACAGAAGAAAAGAACAGUUCAGCAGACAGGAAGCAAGCCUCUGCCCGCCUCGGCGUCAGAGUGGGUACGUGAUAAAUAU